AAUGAAAGAUCCCUUCUUCAUUCCGCCGAUACCAUGGCUCUCCGAGCUGGUGCAGCCGUGGUGUGACCGCUACAACCUUCCUACGCUGCCACGGCACAUCCACGAAGUCCUCCUGUCCGCGCUCUUCUAUUCGGUCAUCUUCUGGCCCGUUUCGCCGAUACUGUCGAGAUUGCUGGCACCUCAGCACUACAAUAAGCUAUCUCGCAAGAGACGGCUGAACUGGGACGCCCACGUCGUGUCUUUCAUCCAAAGCACAUUGAUCAAUGUCAUCGCCAUCUGGGUCAUGUUUGUGGAUGAGGAAAGGAAGAAUAUGGACUGGGAAGAGAGGGUAUGGGGCUAUACUGGUGCCGCCGGCAUGGUCCAGGCCUUGGCUGCUGGGUAUUUCGUCUGGGAUCUGUUUGUGACCAGCUUCAACCUCGACGUCUUUGGGCUGGGAACUCUGGCGCACGCCAUCGCGGCUCUCCUAGUUUAUACCCUUGGAUUCCGCCCCCUCGUCAACUAUUACGGAUGCGUCUUCAUACUUUGGGAGCUUUCCACGCCUUUCCUCAACAUUCACUGGUUCUUCGACAAGGUGAACAUGACUGGGUCCCGCGCUCAGCUGUACAACGGCAUCCUUCUGCUCUUCAGCUUCUUCUCUUGCCGGCUCAUCUAUGGCACCUUCCAGUCGUUUUGCGUGAUGAGGGACAUGUGGGCUGCCGUCAAUGCUCACCCGACGAAAGCCUCAAUUGCCCAGUCACCUGUCAUGGAAUUCGCGACGCAGGAAUCCACCGUCCAGGCCUGGCUCGCCAUCUCCUAUGUCCUUUCGAACCUGACGCUCAACUCGCUCAACUUUUACUGGUUCAUCAUGAUGAUACGGGCUGUCCUCAAGCGCUUCACGCCCAACGAGAAGAUCGCUCUCACCGAGGUUGAAGUGGACUUGUCGUCGGUUGCCACUGGCGUGUCUCUGGGCUCGGGGGUGGAGCGUCGGAAGCAGGACAAGUCUUGAAGUCGGGACAUCUGAUUUGGCUCGGUUUGCGCGUGGCUCUUCUGAUUUUUGUCACUUGUAACGUUAUGAGGGCGCUCUGUGUCAUGCGGCGGCGGCGUGGUGCAGCGGUCAGGCGACCUUAUUGUGUCGUCGUUGGAUUUUUGUUCAAUCAUGUUUAUGGAAAUGUUUCACGACGGUUUUUCUUUCUUUUUUGGCUUGCAUC